AUGUCUUCUGAAAAUAUUUUUGAGCCUAGUCAAUUGUUAACAAUACUUCAACAACGAGAAACUUUUCAAAGUAAUGAGCUUGCUGAACAAUUAAAUAUUGAUCAUCAAAAAAUUGUUGGAGCAAUAAAAAGUUUGCAGAGUCAUGAGGAGUUGGUAGAUGUAAAAGAAAUUAAAAUAUCAAAACUUCAAUUGACACCAGAAGGAGAACAAGUUUUGGCUGAGGGAUCUCAUGAAUAUAGAGUUUUUGAUUUGGUUGGGGAACAGGGUGUUCCUAAAGCGAUUAUUGAUAAAGAAUCUUUUGGACCCAUUGGUUUUGGAAAGGCAAUAUCUGCUGGUUGGAUAACUACAGAAGUCAAAAACGGAGUUAGUUUGGUCGUUAGAAAAGCGAAACUUGUUGAAGACAAAGCUAGGCAUGAGCUUAAACAAAUUAAAGAAGGAACGCAUAAUUUGGAUACAAAAACUAUUGGAAAUUUGAAAAAGAGAAAAUGGAUAAGUGAAAUAUCUGUCAAGGCAUUGAUUGUCUCUAAAGGUCCAAAUUUCAACGAGAAUUUGUCUAAACCAGAAUUGGAUUUGACAACUGAAAUGAUUUCAACAGGUUCAUGGAGGAACAAAAACUUCAAAAAAUACAAUUUUGAAGCAAUGGGAAUAAUACCACAAUCUGGUCAUUUACAUCCUUUACUCAAAGUUAGAGCUGAAUUUAGAGAUAUUUUCUUUCAAAUGGGAUUUUCUGAGAUGCCAACAAAUAAAUUUGUGGAAUCCUCCUUUUGGAAUUUUGAUGCUUUAUUUCAACCACAACAACACCCAUCUAGAGAUUCACACGAUACUUUCUUUUUGACAGAACCAGCAAUUUCCACUGAAUUUCCUAAAGACUAUGUUGAGCGUGUUAAAAAAGUGCAUUCUGAAGGUGGAUAUGGAUCUCUAGGAUACAAGUAUGAUUGGAACAUCAAAGAAGCUCAAAAAAAUUUAUUACGAACACAUACAACAGCUGUAUCUGCAAGACAAUUAUAUUCACUUGCUAAAAAGGUUUCCUUCUGUUAA